AUGCAGCCACCAGCAACGUGUUCCGGCGCGUCCAUCAAUGAUCACGCCGGGCAAGGUUCACUCGAGACGGAGAUGAAAGCUGCCGCGCCGAGGCGGCCCAAAAGAAAACUCCCUCCUCUGGAUCUCGAAGCAGACACGCUGCAGCAAGACGACGACAAGAUGCCGUACCGCUCGUCGAGCCGAGUACGCGCCAACCCUAGUGGCGCCAGCAAGGUUGUCAAGGGUGACUGGCUGUGCUACUGCUUUGUGGAAGUUCCGGUCGAUCCGUCGUUGAGCAAGUGCAUACAAGAAGGUAUUGCGAAGCUGCAGGAACAACUUGUUUCGGACUACACCCUACUCGAUCUGCGAUGCAACGACAAUGCGGCCGAUAGUGAAACAACCGCAACCGCAGAUGAAUCGCAGGCGUUCGAACAGCAAUUACACAUCUCCUUGACCCGGCCAUUCACGGUAAGGAGCUACGAACGCGAAGAAUACAUCAAGGUGGCUACGGCAGAGGCGGAAAGGCUCAAGGCGACUGUGGGAAGUUUCCCAUUCGCUUUUUCGAGGUUCGCCUAUCUUGCCAACGACGACGCUUCGAGGCACUUCAUGGUGCUCGAAGUUGGUCCUGGACGGGAAAAACUCCACCGACUAUCUACUGCUUUUAGCACCGAGCUGCGAAGAGCAUUUCGAGCAAAGUCAUACUAUGACGAAGCUCGCUUCCACGCAAGCACAGCAUGUGUUCUAGAUCCUAGUUCCGAACGCGGUGAUGAGGGGGGUACACAGACGCUCUCAUCGCGCCUCAGCCAGGUCAUCGCCGAUGUCGAAGCCAAGUUCGGACCACAAUUGCGCCAGUGCCGUCAAGUUUGGGCCGCUCGAAUCGGCAUCCAGGUCGCUAAUAGAGUCACCUACGUAGACGUAUGA